AUGAGCGACAAUGCUUCACCCACCUUCAUUGGGGACAAUACCCAUGGAUCUACGCUCAACCAAGGAUCUAUCGUCACUGGAGACGGCUCACAGGUUGGUAAUAUCAACCAUUUUCACACCGCUACACAGCAGGAUUCCGCGCGCAGAUCAUGUCUGAGAGACCUUCUGGCAGCUUUGGGGGAUGAUCUAGACGACUAUCGGCAGAUGCUCGAAGACCGCAAAGGACCGAGAACACUGGGCACCUGUGAGUGGGUAUCGAAAACCACCGCAUACAAGAGCUGGAUCGCCCAGUCCCCCGAUCUCCUCUGGAUUUCUGGAGAUGCCGGUAAGGGGAAGACUAUGCUCGCCCUUCAUCUCGUCAGUAGCCUGAAAGGCGACCCUUCAGCUGCACAUGUCGUCCACUUCUUCUGCAGUCGAGACCACGGAAGGAACAAUGGUGCUUCUAUUCUCCGCGGCCUUAUCUAUCAACUGCUCUCUCAACGUCCAUCGCUUUUCGAGCAUAUCUUGGAUGACUAUGACAAGCACGGAGCUAGUCUCUUCGAUGACAGAAAGUUCCAAGCCCUCUGGACUAUCUUCGCUAGGAUAUUGUACGACCAGAAUAUCAACCCCAUUAUAUGCAUUCUUGACGGCUUAGACGAGUGCGACGAAGAUGGUCUGGAAGACUUCUGGCUCAAGAUCCAAAGCCUGUACGAAACCGACUCUCAACAGAAAUCCGAACGCCCUUCUCACUCCUUGAAGCUUCUCGUUGUCAGCCGCAACCACCCAUACUCGAUCGAGCAAGCAAUGGAUAAGUUUCCUCGACUGCUUCUUGAACCCGACAACAAGCCACAUGUUGGAUCCGACAUCUCCAAAUUCGUUGACGAUCGUAUGUCCAGUCUGCGAUGUCCAAGCGAAACACGCGAAUACAUCAGGAAGGAAUUGUGCAAUCGAUCAGAAGGCACCUUCUUAUGGGUUGGCUUUGCAGUCAAUGCCUUGAAGAAGGUGCGAGUGAUAGACAUGGAAAAGACAGUCAACUCAUUCCACACGGUCUCGACGCCAUGUAUCUUCAUAUGCUGCUGGCAAUCACAGAUCAUGAACGCGCAAGAGUUAUAG